CUUUCCCAAUUGCCUCCCAGGUCUUGUUCCUCCUCCUCUCUCUCUCUUUCGUCUGUCGUUUCGCUCCACUCUUCUUCGCAGAGCGAGCUCUUUUGCGUGCUUUCUUUACCGGCUAAUGGAGGAACAAUUGUAUUGAAGUCAGGAAAAAGGACUUACAUGGAACACUUCAGCGUCUUUCCUUAGCCACCUGUUUCUUCUGUGGGUUCUUUCCGGAGGUGAAAUCGCGGCGAGUUGGUGGUCAUAAGGCUUUGAGGAAGGAUCUAGUGCCGCAUAGUUGCAUGUGUGUGGCCAACCAGUAUGAAAAGCAAUGAAGCUACAACUCCUUCAAGGGCCAACAAAGGAUCUUCUCCUGUGAAGUUGCAGGAGCCGCUUGCAAAUCCUCCAUAUCCUGAAUGGGCAGCUAUGCAGGCGUAUUUUGGAGCUGGAAUGAUGCCACCUCCAUAUUUUAGCACUGCAGUUGCUCCCAGUCAUGCACCUCAUCCAUAUAUGUGGGGCCCCCAGCCUCUGGUUCCUCCUUUUGGGUCACCAUAUGCUGCAAUCUACCCGCAUGGGGGAGUCUAUACUCAUCCCUCAGUGCCUCUUGGUUCUCAUACACAUUGUCAAGGGAUCUCACCAUCUCCAGCAACAAGUGAAGCAGUAGUGCUGGCAACUCCUUUAAGUGUAGAAAUGCCUGCAAAGUCAUCAAAACAUAAAGAUAAAAGCCUGGUAAAAAAACUUAAAGGGCUUGAUGGUCUUGCCUUGUCUGGGGGCAAUGGCAUCAUCGAGGACAGAGAUCAGGCUGAUGGGAACAGUGGGUAUAACAGCACAGAAGGCUCAAGUGAUGGAAGCAAUGGAGAUAAUGCAGAAGGGGGAACAAAAGACCAAAGAAGGCAAAGAUCUGAAGACGGACCAUCCUCAGACAAAGCUAAAGUUAGCGAACGGGUCAAACCUGGUCACACUGAGGAAACAGGUACAUCCUCAAAAGCAGCUGCAGGUGUUACUGGAACACCUGUUAUCACAGCAAAACCAGUAGGAACUGUUCUUUCAUCUGUCCCAGCACCAGGGAUGGACAUAAGAGUUUCCAGUGCCAACAAAGUGAAAGGCAUUGGCACACCUGUCCCACUGGCAACUGGUGCUGUGGUCCCCAGCCGUAAUAGAGCGACUCCUGAACUCUGGAUGAAGGAUGAGAGAGAACUAAAAAGGGAAAGGAGGAAACAGUCUAACAGAGAAUCAGCUAGGAGGUCAAGGUUGAGGAAACAGGCAGAAACCGAGGAACUUGCUUUGAAAGUUGAGUGCCUGAGUGCUGACAAUACGAAUCUCAGAUCUGAAAUUAGUCGCCUGAAGGAGAAUUCAGAUAAACUGAGAUUGGAAAAUUCUGCCCUAACGGAUAAGCUGAAGAAUGUGCAGUCAAGUCAUUUUGGUAAAACGAAGAGUGUGAGAAUCCCGCCGUUGGUUGCCGAGAACUUCUUAUCAAUGAUAGAAAACCAAAACUCUGCUAGACCGGCACCACAAGAGGGUGACACCAGCGACCAGUCUGGUGGGAAGCUUCACCAGCUUCUGAACACCAGUCCACGAAGAGAUGCCGUGGCAGCAAGCUGAUUCUCAUUUUACUAAUCUUUAGUUUUGGCGGAAUUUUCGGCGCAAAACUACUGCACUGCUAACCUUAACCUUAUGGCAGGCUCAACUAAAUUAGGUAGAAUUUAAGAGACUAAUCAGCUUGGAAGACAUAUGACUGUUUCAAGUCCAGGAGUUUUGCUGGCAUGAUGGUCUGUGUUUGCUGAAGAAAAGUCUUUAGUACUUAAUACUGUAUAAUCUGUUGUCUAGGUUGUAUGGCCCCUGUAACUUUUUUUUUUUAAUGGUCCAUUCAUGGUGUUGGAAAUGUCUUGGAAACCCAUGUUGUUGGAGUAUAAUAAACAAAAGAAUCUACUGUAUAUUUAGGAUGCCCGGAGACUAGUGUUUCCUUCUGAACUUGCUUACCUGUGCCGGUGAGUACAUCCCUUGUGGUCUGUACACAUAUUGUUUCUGUGCUUAUGGAUGACGACGAUCAUACAUUCCAAGGUUGA